CGUUGACAAAUAAAAUUUGACAACUGUCGUCCUACUUUCCUAAGGGAGCGAAAAUCAACAAACUGUAAAUUAUCUUCUCCAAGUGUUUGAUAUUCCACUCAUAAUUGGUUACACGGUGAAAAUGCCGUCCAUGAAAGUGGAGGGUGACAGCGAUGGGGACGGGGAGAUGUCGGGAGGUGACACUGAGCGCUCGAAUGGAUCCUCAAGGGGUCCUGAUAGAGACUCAAGUGCUGAAGAAGCUGAUGAGCCAGAUUCUGAUGACUCCUCGGAGAUGGACGAGAGUGAGUGCGAGAGGCGGAGGAACGAGUGCCUGGAUAACUUAGCGAACUUGGAGCGUCAGUUCUCAGUGCUCCGGGAACAGCUGUACUGCGAGAGAGUGAAGCAGGUGGAUCACCAGCUAGCUGAAGUGAGGGGCGGUCGGUCUCAGGAGUACCUUGGACCUCUGCGGAGACUGCAGGAGAAUAUGAGGAUUAGGAUCGAGGUAGCCGGCAUACUGCGUCAGAUGCGCAUAGAAAACAUCAAGCACAAGUACGAGGCUGAGGAGCAGGCGGCACACCAGCAUUUUAAGAGCGAAAAAUGGCUGGCCUACGAGAACUUAAAAGAAGAAAUUCUAGAAAAGAUCAGGAAACUUGAAGAGGAGCGUCACACAGUGGACUUAUGGUCCUGUGGGCCCGAGUGGGGCCGCAAGCGACGCAGGAGACAAGUCACCGUGUCCCCCCCUUAUGUAGUCUACAUGCUCCCCGACGCAGAUAUCAUGGAAGACUGGCGGUUAGUAAGGAAACUUCUAGAACGAACUGACUAGCACGACACAAA